UCAUGUGAGGCUAGGUUAUAUCUGAGAGCUCUGUGCUGUAGUGCUGUAUGUAAGCUUAGCAGCUGGGUAGUGUUAUGGUAGCUGCUUUCCUGUGCUAAGCUGAUUUACUUGUUUAAGGUCUGACCUCAUCAUCCUGUCAGUAUGGAUUCCCACCUAUACAGUUAACAGCAGCUUAGCAUCGGCUUGAAGUGCUAGCAGUAUAUUAGUCAGAAAAAAAGAGGGCUACUGGUAUUUGUUCCUUUGUUGUCUUUUCUUAAGAAGAGGUGCUGAAACACAAGAGAUAACAAAGAAUCCAUUUCCUUUCUAAAAGAAUAGGCUUUUGUUCUUUUUUCCUGCAAAAAUGUCAGUUUCUGGAAAGAAAGAGUUUGAUGUGAAACAGAUCCUAAGGCUACGCUGGAGGUGGUUCAGUCACCCCUCUCAAGGUUCCACAGGCACUGGAGGCUGCCUUCAGGAAGGAUAUGAGCAUAGAGGGACACCGGUUCAGAAUAGGUUGAAGAGCCACUCUCGGGACAGAAAUGGGCUAAAGAAAAACAACAGUCCUGUUCACCACAAUAUACUGGCACCAGUGCCAGGUCCAACCCCUGUGCACCACCGAUCUAUUCAAACCUGGCAUCAACAAAACCUCAUAGAACAGCUGCGAGCAAAUGAGGAUAUCCCCAAAGCAAGCACAGAGGAAAAUUGUGUCAAAGAAGAUUCAAGUAAAAAUAUACAGGAGUUGCAGAUGAUCACAGACGAAAAUACAGAUGAAUCCACUGAGAGAUUAUCAAUAACUAGCUGUUCACCCACUGGAAUGAACACCAAUGGCUCAGACGAAUACUUCCAAUCCACAAAUCAUGCAGAGCAGACAUUCCGCAAGAUGGAGAACUAUCUCCAGCAGAAGCAGCUGUGUGAUGUUCUUCUCAUUGCUGGAAAUCACAAGAUUCCAGCUCACAGAUUGGUUCUUAGUGCCGUGUCUGAUUAUUUUGCUGCAAUGUUUACUAAUGAUGUGCGUGAAGCGAAAGAAGAGGAGAUCAAAAUGGAAGGAGUGGACCCAGAUGCACUGAAAGCUUUGGUGCACUAUGCCUAUACAGGUGUUUUAGAGUUAAAGGAAGACACUAUAGAAAGCUUGCUGGCUGCAGCUUGUCUCCUCCAGCUGUCUCAAGUCAUUGAAGUGUGUUGCAACUUUCUCAUGAAACAGCUCCAUCCUUCAAACUGCUUAGGGAUUCGAUCCUUUGGAGAUGCGCAGGGUUGCAUGGAACUCUUGAAGGUGGCGCAUCUGUACACAAUGGAACACUUCACAGAAGUGAUACAGAAUCAGGAAUUUCUUUUGCUUCCUGCUAGUGAAAUAGCAAAACUCCUGUCUAGCGAUGACAUCAAUGUACCAGAUGAAGAAGCCAUAUUCCAGGCUUUAAUGAUGUGGGUGAGACAUGAUUUGCAAAGCAGGCAACGAGACUUAGGAAUGCUCCUCUCUUACAUUAGACUGCCACUACUCCCACCACAGUUACUAGCAGAUCUUGAAAAUAGCCCAAUGUUCACGCAUGACCUUGAGUGUCAGAAACUUCUUAUGGAAGCUAUGAAGUAUCAUCUCCUACCGGAAAGAAGGUCCAUGAUGCAGAGUCCUCGAACUAAACCUAGGAAGUCUACAGUGGGUGCACUUUAUGCUGUGGGAGGCAUGGAUGCUACUAAAGGUACCACUACAAUUGAGAAAUAUGACCUUAGGACAAACAGUUGGAUACAAAUUGGUACCAUGAAUGGUAGACGAUUGCAGUUUGGAGUAGCAGUAAUUGACAACAAGCUCUAUAUUGUGGGAGGAAGAGAUGGCCUGAAAACCUCUAAUACAGUUGAAUGUUUCAAUCCAGCUACCAAAGUUUGGACUAUAAUGCCUCCUAUGUCAACUCACAGACACGGCUUAGGCGUAGCAAUGCUUGAAGGACCAAUGUAUGCUGUUGGCGGUCAUGAUGGAUGGAGUUAUCUUAAUACAGUAGAAAGAUGGGACCCCCAGGCACGGCAAUGGAAUUACGUUGCUAGCAUGUCAACUCCUAGAAGCACAGUGGGGGUUGCAGCAUUAAAUAGCAAAUUAUAUGCUGUUGGUGGACGAGACGGCAGCUCCUGCUUAAAAUCCAUGGAAUGUUUUGAUCCUCAUACUAACAAAUGGAGUAUGUGUGCUGCAAUGUCUAAGAGGCGAGGCGGUGUUGGUGUUGCAACAUACAAUGGAUUUUUAUAUGCAGUGGGAGGUCAUGAUGCACCAGCUUCCAACCACUGUUCUAGACUUUCUGAUUGUGUGGAAAGAUAUGAUCCUAAAACUGACACCUGGACAACAGUGGCACCUUUAAGUGUACCACGGGAUGCUGUUGGCGUCUGUCCUCUUGGGGACAGAUUAUAUGCAAUAGGAGGCUAUGAUGGACAUAGUUACCUGGACACUGUGGAGUCAUAUGAUGCACAAAAUAAUGAAUGGACAGAGGAAGUGCCUGUCAAUAUUGGAAGAGCUGGAGCUUGUGUUGUUGUGGUGAAAUUGCCAUGAUGGAUGUCCCUGGUGUGAAAUAAACCCCGAGUACAAUUCCAUAAAAACCAUGUGACGGGAGGAGAAGAAACAAGUUCCAGAACAUAAUACAAACUACAUACCGUAUAUACUCAUUCAUAAUCCAAAUAUUUUUGGUAAAAAAGUGACACAUCAAAGAGCGGGGGUUGGCUUAUAAACCACAAAUUUUGUGGUUUUAAACUCUGUGGAAUCACUGAAUUGAAUA